ACAACGCAAGCGUACAGCGAGGUUUCAAUUUUUUUCUCUAAAGCCGGACUCGGGCCGCGGAUCGCAACAAGGUUGACGCACUGAGGCAAAAACGAACGAACGACCCCAACCAGGAGAAUGUCUGAACCCAUGUACCGCGAUUGGAUUUUGGACACUAUUGACUCACUGCGGUCGCGAAAAGCCAGACCAGACCUUGAAAGAAUUUGUCGAAUGGUCCGGAGACGACAUGGAUCAGCGCCAGAACAAACCAGCGAGGAACUCGAGAAACUGAUCCAAGAGCAAACAGUCUUGAAAGUUAACUACAAGGGCUCGAUUUCCUAUCGAAAUGCAGCCAAAGUAGUCAGAAGAAGCAGGAAAAAGGAUGAUCACACGACCAAAAGAACUGCCGUGGAAGAAGCUAACCACUCCGAUUUGAGCAACGGGGACAGCGCGCUCGGUCCCCUUGACCAGGAUGAGACCGAGCAUUUGGAGAAUGAGCUGCCAGUGUCAAUGGAGACAGACAGCACCAUGGAAGAGGAGGAAGAACAGGAGGGGGCUGAUGAAGAUGGCCAUGAGGGCUCCUCUCCCUCUCCUGGGGGUGAGGAUGCUGUGCAGGGGGGGUCUGGUGCUGCCCACCCCUACUCUGCCCCCUGCUCCCCCAGCGGCUCUCGCCCUGGCCACAGCCCUGUGUCUGACCGCCCCUCUACCUGCAAGACCAGUAAGAGGUCCAGCCCUCUGUCCCCCUCUAGUCCCCUGGCCCUCAGGCAGAAUGACUGUGUGUGUGACUCUGCCUUCUGCCCUGCUGAUCAUGGACCCUCAGGGAUGCAGAGAAACAACACAGGAACUGGGGCUUUAAAGACGAUAGUACAGCCAUCGGGGACCUGUCCCUGGGUUCAGAAGAGCUUGGUGAAGAGAGAGAGAGAGGAUGGGGUGAGGAUGGAGGAGAGUGACCUCACUUCUGACCAACUGGUUCCUGACGGUGUGGAUGAGACCAUGAAGGGUUCUGACAGACAGCCCAAGACGUUGUCUUUUCCCUCUGACGACUGUGCUAAAUACAAGAAGGGGAUGGACGUGGCCUCUUACGUGAUGGCUCAAGACGAUGUCAAGAACGAUGUGAAAAACAGAGAAAUCUCUGUGAAGAAGGAGACGCUGAGGCAGAACCUAUUGCUGUGGAGCGUGGCGGAUGUGGCCACCUACAUCUCUGCUGCAGGCUUUCCAGAGCAGGCUGUAGCUUUCAGAACACAGGAAAUUGAUGGAAAGUCCUUGCUCCUGAUGCAGCGCAGUGACGUGUUAACUGGCCUGUCCAUCAGACUUGGACCCGCCCUAAAGAUCUACGAGCGCCACGUGAAGAUGCUGCAGAGGACCCACUUCCUGGAUGAGGAGGAUGAUCUCUGACCACGGUUGGGGGGAACAGAACAACACACUCCUCUGAGGAGCAGAUGUAUUCAUACAGUAUACACACAUACUGUGUUCACUGGAUCUCUAGAACCUUCUGUAACCAUUCAAUGAGGUGUGGGGAAAAGGACACCGUGGUCAUGACUUGGGCCUUGACAGUGAUUAUCAACAUGUGUACGUGGGCUUCCAUUCCACCUCUCUGUGGUACUGCUGUCACCUGACCCAUUCUGGUGGUAUUGCUUUUAUAGGACCCCUCUCUAAACUCACAUAGGAAUGUUAGGAUCCUGCCUAAUGACGCUAUAGAAGUCAAGUGGAGGUCUGCCUGUUCUGUAAGUGGAGGUCUGCCUGUUCUGUAAGGGGAGGUCUGCCUGUUCUGUAAGGGGAGGUCUGCCUGUUCUGUAAGGGGAGGUCUGCCUGUUCUGUAAGGGGAGGUCUGCCUGUUCUGUAAGGGGAGGUCUGCCUGUUCUGUAAGGGGAGGUCUGCCUGUUCUCUAAGGGGAGGUCUGCCUGUUCUCUAAGGGGAGGUCUGCCUGUUCUCUAAGGGGAGGUCUGCCUGUUCUCUAAGGGGAGGUCUGCCUGUUCUCUAAGGGGAGGUCUGCCUGUUCUGUAAGGGGAGGUCUGCCUGUUCUGUAAGGGGAGGUCUGCCUGUUCUGUAAGGGGAGGUCUGCCUGUUCUGUAAGGGGAGGUCUGCCUGUUCUCUAAGGGGAGGUCUGCCUGUUCUCUAAGGGGAGGUCUGCCUGUUCUCUAAGGGGAGGUCUGCCUGUUCUCUAAGGGGAGGUUUGCCUGUUCUCUAAGGGGAGGUUUGCCUGUUCUCUAAGGGGAGGUUUGCCUGUUCUCUAAGGGGAGGUCUGCCUGUUCUCUAAGGGGAGGUCUGCCUGUUCUCUAAGGGGAGGUCUGCCUGUUCUCUAAGGGGAGGUCUGCCUGUUCUCUAAGGGGAGGUCUGCCUGUUCUCUAAGGGGAGGUCUGCCUGUUCUCUAAGGGGAGGUCUGCCUGCUCUGUAAGAGGCGGGUCAGUGAGUGCAGCCAAAGACUCUCUCUGGAUUCCUCAGACUCUACACUUGGCUACCACUGGAGCCUACUUUAAAAGACUGGUUUCUGUGCUCCCUGAGUCAGUUCCACAAGAAAAUAAUAACAUGUAUACUUGGAAUAUCUGUUCCAGCAAAUAUGGUUCUAGCAUUUCUUCAUUGUUUACUCAGACAGUAUUUUUUUAAAGACAUGUCAUAUGGUACCCUCCAUUUAUCUAGAAACUCAAUGUUGUUUUUCUUUUAUGAUGACAAUGUGAACUGAUUUAAUUUGAGAAGGUACAGUAUGAAUUUGUUGAUUCAUCAAAGGUCAGUGAUGUUGUCAAUCUCUCAUUAUACCAGCAAAGGAAAUGGAGCUUAGUCUCCAGAUGUUCUCAUGGCUGCACCAGUACUGACCUAGGUUUUAUUACUGUUGUUAUCUGUUUCACUAACAUUUCGAAAUAGCAAUAUGUAGUACCUGCUAAACUAAGGCAACAUAAUAUGUUCUUUGUAUGGUUGCCUUCUGAAUUCCUCUUCCCUUAAUUUAUGUUCACGUAAUCUCUAAACAUUUUAGAUUAAUCUAAUUUAAUCUACUGUGGAUGAACCUAGAUUUCAUCUACAAAAUUAAAACAGUUUGAAGCAGAAUUCUAGUUGAAAUGGGCUGGCAGAUCAGAACCAACGUAGCUCAAUGCCCCAAUGUUUCUGCCUGCUUCAGUUUGAGGGGAGAGAAACAACUGAAUGAUGGUCUUUUUUUUUUAAGGGAAAAUUAUCCAACCAAAAAAUGUACUUCAUAACUUUAGGAAGUGUCAUUGUAGCACUAAUACGUUUUCUUUGUUUACAACCUCAACACAGCAACACAAUUCCCCACGACAUGGUAGACAUCUUGAUCAAAUUCAACAUUGUUGUUAUCUGAGAGGAUUACAAUGAGGUCUCUUAAUUUUGCCUUGUGGCUUCUGCUUUUGAAACAACGUCACAUUCCAUAUUUCCAUCUGUUACGUGUUUGAUGUCACACUGUUAAUUGCUAUGUUGGCCCUGUUUCCAGGGGGGGAAAUGAAGUUAUUGUCUUUUC